GAAAGUAUGAAUUACAUUCAGAAACAUAUUUUCCAUAGAACGACUGAAUGAAGUCUAAUUAUCGGAAACAUUUUCGGAAACGUUCGUCAAUUUCCGCUCGAUUGCUUUUUGGCUAUCUCCUCUAGCGGCCAUCGCAUAAAGGAGAAAAAUCCUAAACAAGUAGCCCAUCAAAACGGCUAGUCCUACAAAGGGACUACCGUUGUUUUCACGUUGCAAUGAGCUAUAAUAUUCACCAAGGAAAGCCACCCCAACCACAAAACCAGCAUUCGGUGCAUUCUCGGGGACAGCAGCAGUCUUCUGGACAUUAUCCUCGUGACGACUAUCAACGCCGGUCGGGUUAUAAUCCAGGAAGGCAGGGACGGCCAGGUCAAUCUCCAUCGCCAGGUGCACCUCUACCUAAUCACCCCCAUGAUCUAAACAAAGCUGGUGUGGCCGGUAGGCCUACAGUUACACCACCGCCAUCCCAGUCUGGCCCAAUGAGCAACCCAAUACAACCAAAUCCUGGAACAGUUGUUGGCGGGCCUCAAAUUCCAUUAGUAUAUCAAAGACAUCAAGUGUAUAUACCACGUCCAAAUGCAAUGAGAAUGCAGCAAAGAGCAGGUGGCCAGUCGGUUAAUGCAUACAAUCCAGGACAGAUAAUGCAGACACAGCAACCACCAUUCAUACAACCAGUCAUACCGCAACAUGGUAUGAACUUGCAAUACCACCAACGAACGUUUUCACCGCAGUUCCAACAAACAAUGACGUAUACACAGCAACCAACUCAACAGUAUUAUGCUGGGACUCCUAAUAUACAGCAAGCUCCUUACAUACCAAACCAAUCACUAACGCAAACCUCAGCUCAGUUACCAAUGUACACACAGCAAGCACAACCUAGACAGCAGCAGCAGCAACCACAAACUUAUUCCAAGCCCUCAAGACCUAGGAGAGUAAUUACUAUAGUGGAUCCAGCAACUAAUAAAGACAUAACUGAAUCAAUUGUUGGUGAGAGUUCUAAUAUUUCACCACAGCAAGGUCUUUCUGCAACAUCUUCAACACCACCAAUGAAUACAGCAACACCACCUCUACAGCUUGCUUCAGUUGAUUCAAACCAAGCUAUACAGGCACAGUUCGCGGCUGAAGUUGCUCGUCUAGCUAUGGCCCCCGAAGAGGAGGAAAAGAGAGAAGAAAUUCAACCACCAGUUGUAGUUUCUCAACAAAAGACUAUACUGCCAAGACAGGAGCAGCAGCCUAAAAUAUUGAAGCCAACUGCAACAGAACCUGUAGCUCCCCCUGAUGCUAGCCAACCUGCAGCUCAGCCAGUAUCUCUAGCAAAUGUGGAUAAACCAGCACCAACCACUGAACCACCACAAAAAAUCACUGUUGAGCAAACUCAGUCUGAGGACUUUAAAGACAAACCUAAACAAGCUGAAGAGGAAACAAGCAACCUGGCAGAAAGCGUAACUAAGCCGGUCACUGCAAUCCAAGAAUCAGACAGUGCAGUAGAAAUUGUCCAUCAAGACACAGCGACUGAAAGUGUAGCUUCUGUUGUUCCACCUGCAGAGGAUCAACAGGAAUCCCUUCAACCAACUGCAGACACAGAUGUUACAGAUAAUUCACAAGUAAGUAAGAAGAAGAAUCAGAAGCAGCGUUUUCAAGAGUUAGACAAAAAAUCAGCAAAGGAUGAUGACAUGUUCUCUGCAUAUAGAACUGAGGAACCUCAAAAGGAAAGUGCAAGUAUAAGCGAAGAAACACAGUCUGCAACAAUUGAAGAAGUACAAGAAACAACAUUGACAAAUUCUGAAAAUGAAAUUCAACCAAUCAUUGAUGACCACAAAAUUGCUACAGUUGAAGAUGACAAGUCCAGUGAAGAUCAAAUUGUGAAUACAACUGAAGAUAGAACUAUAACAGAAUCAAGUAUAUCAUCAGUAAAUGACAAUACUGUAGAUGAAAAUUGUCAGUUAAUAGAAAAACCAACAGAAAAUCAAGUGAAGGAAACUGAAAUUAUAGAAAGUGUAACAGAUUCAUCACCUCAAGGUGGACUUAAUACACAACAUGAAGUGUCAAAUACAGAAAAGGAAGAGCUUGAAAAUGAAGAAAAGGAAAAUACUGCUCCCAAAACAAAAACUGUUACGGAGAAUUCAGAAUUAAAUGAAGACACAAAGCCUGUUGUCAAAGAUAAUAAAAUAGAACUUAAGUACAAAUAUAGGGAAGACCAGUGGAGCCCUAUCAACUUGGAGGGCAAGAGGCAAUAUGACCGUGAAUUCCUGAUGCAGUUCAAGGAUAAUUGCAUCGAUCGACCUGAUGGGCUUCCAAAGAUUCCAGAAGUAGUACUGGAUACUGCAAAUAUAGGUUCAGCACUUCGUUUGGAUACCAAGUCUAAUAAACAAUUCGAUUUCAUGCCAGGGUUUAUGAAGUCUCCAAGAUCAAUGGGUCAGCCAAUGAACUACAAUGCAAGGAACUCUGGCAAAGGACGUGCACCACAAUAUAAUCCGAAGAAAGUGAUAAAUUCUCUGUCCUCUGACAAGGAGCUAAGGAAAUCUGAAAAUGCAUGGAAACCAACAGUAGGAGCUGCAUCUACUAAACCAGAUGAGGAAUUGCAAACCCAGGAUGUUAACAGGAAAUUUACUGGUAUUUUGAACAAGUUAACGCCGCAGAAUUUUCAGAAACUGACAAACCAAGCUCUAGAGUUGCAGAUUAACACAGAGGAACGCCUUAAAGGAGUUAUUGACCUUGUCUUUGAGAAGGCUUUAAGUGAACCAAACUUCAGUGUUGCCUAUGCCCACAUGUGCCGAAUGCUGUCACAGAUAGAAGUACCUAUUGCUGAUAAACCAGGACAACUAGUACAGUUCCGCAAAUUGUUACUAAAUCGAUGUCAGAGAGAGUUUGAAAGUGAAUCUCAAGAUGAGAGUCUGUUGAAGGAGAAGAGGAAAGAAAUAGAAAAACUACCGGAAAAAGAAAGAGAGGUCGAAAAGGAGUUAUUUGAAUUGGCGGUAAUUGCAGCUAAGCGACGGUCACUUGGGAACAUUAAAUUUAUUGGGGAACUGUUUAAAAUCAAGAUGUUAACGGAACACAUUAUGCAUAGCUGUAUCAUGCAAUUGCUGAAGGCUGCUGAUGAUGAGUCUUUGGAAUGCAUGAGCAAAUUAUUAAGCACCAUUGGAAAGGAGCUGGAUCAUGAUAAAGCAAGGUUCCGAAUGGAUCAGUACUUCACACAAGUGGAUAAGAUAGUUAAAAGUAGAAAGAAUAACAAUCGCAUACGAUUCAUGUUGCGAGAUGUCCUUGAGCUUCGUGAGAACAAUUGGGUGCCAAGAAGGGAAGAUAACAAACCAAAAACUAUUGACCAGAUUCACCAAGAAGCGCGGGAAGAAGAAGUAAUGAAAAAGGUAGAAGCUGUACAGGCUCAAGCUGCCAGGAAAGCAAACAGAGGUCGCAAUGACCGAGGGGGAUUAACUCAAAUCGAAGAUGGAGAAUGGAAUGUCGUUGCUCAACGUAGUGGGGGACGACCUCAGCAGGUUGAUCCUAACAAAUUCAAAGUAACAAAGCCGCCUGUUGAUGACAAUGUGCAAUUGGGACCUGGUGGUAGACCAGGUUCUUUUGGUGGUUGGGGGCGUGGAGCAAGUGGGGGUGCUAAGCAGUCAAGUAGUUCUCAAGAAAGGCCUUCAAGUCCUGCUACUAACAGAUUCUCUGCACUAUCCGAUGACAGGCGCCUGCCAACUGGGGGAAGAAGUAUGACUUCCAGUCGCGACCGUGACAGGGACCGAAGUGGUCGAGGUUCACAGACAAAGCGAGGGUCAAGAGAAAGAGAUGAUCGACAAGGCCGUGAUAGAGAUAGACAAGCAGCUAUUGAUCAGGUCAGGAGGAUAUCAGCAUCGCAAGAACGCAUUAGAGACAGAGUUCAAGUCAAGGUAGUAGAGCCACCUCCAGCACAGCCAGCAAGUGAGGAACUACCAGACCCUGAAAUGAAGAAGAAAUCCAAAUCAACUCUUGAAGAAUAUAUGCACCUUAAAGACAAAAAGGAAGCCAUUCAAUGUGUGAAAGAACUUGAGAGUCCAAGUAAAAUGCACCUGUUUGUUCAUGUUGCCAUUGAGGAAACUCUUGAGCGAACAGACCAAGCAAGGAAAGAUGCUGGGGAGCUAUUAAAUGAAUUAGUUAAUGGCAAACUCAUCACUACUGCGAGCUAUAACAAAGGAUUUGAAGGUAUACUAGAGUUUGCUGAGGAUAUGGCCAUUGAUAUUCCCUUGAUCUGGAAGUACUUAGCACAAAUUAUAUCUCCAGCCAUUUCUGGAGGCUCUAUGAAUUUGCAGAACUUGGUCUCUUUGUUGGAACCAAUCAAAGCUAUAGGAAAAUCAGGCCACCUAUUAGCUGAAGUACUUAAGGCUCAAGUUAAAGAAGUUGGUGCUGCACUUGUUUCUGAAAAAUGGGCUGCAUCUGGACUGCAACUACAGCAAUUUUUAAAUCCAGGUGAAGAUGUGAAAGAUUUUAUUGAACGAAGGGAUUUAGGUUUUCUUCAAAGUGCGCCUCCUACCUCAUCUAGUGGUAUGAAUCUAGAUACAAUGCAAACAGAACUGAAGUAUCUCCUCAAAGAUGCAAGUAAUGAAGAAGUCUUUCAGUGGAUUGAUAGGCAUUUUACAAAGCAGAAAACAUUAGAAAAUGAUUUUAUUCGUGCACUGACGACAGCUGUUUGUGAAAGUGCAAUUCAUGGGGAAGGGCCAGCCAGCCGAGGAGACAGUGAACUAUUAAAAAAAAGAGCUCCUCUACUGCAGAAGUAUAUUGACAGUAAAGACAAUCGGGAGCUGCAGGCACUGUUUGCUGUCCAAUCUCUCAACAACAGUUUAGCAAACCCACCAGGUCUGUUGCGCAUUUUGUUUGAUGUUCUGUAUGAUGAAGAUGUGAUUUGUGAAGAAACUUUUUACAGUUGGCAUGCUAAUACGGAUCCACGUGAAUCAGAAGGCAAGGGUGUUGCAUUGAAAUCCGUCACAUCAUUCUUCACAUGGUUACGAGAGGCAGAGCCGGAUGAUGAUGAUGAACCAGAAAAACAAUAAACAAUAAAACAAUGAUGAUAAAUAUAUUAAUUAUAAAGACACAUUUAUGCACUAUAAGAGUAAGUUAUAAAUCUGAAUCAACAGUUACUUGAUAGUCAUUAUGAGUUGGUGAACCCGCUCAAUAUUGAUGACCUUUGAACUUGUGAACGAGUAGGUUGUUCACCAAUCCAGGAUCUCUUCACACAGGUGUAUGUAUUUUUAUUUUUUUUUUGGAUAUCAACAUAGCAGACUAGUUGAUUUCUUCCAGUUCUACCUAUCUGUCUACAAUGGAGCAUAAUAUUUCAGUUAAGUUGCAUUUUGUCAUUAUGUUAUGCUCUUAGUAAAAACAAUAACAUGCUUCCAUUUGACAAGAAAACACAGAAAGUAUAAAAAAUAAGAAAAAAAAAACACGAAUUUUUGUUGUUUAUUAUCAAACAUGAAAUGUUAUAGUGGUUGAUGUAUGUGGGUGGGUAAUUUUGCUUAUACUGCCGUAGGUGGUGGAAUAAUUUUUUAUUGUAUAUGGCCACAGCAAAUUCAUAAUGAACAAUUAAUUUUUUGACAUAUCUUUUGUUAACUACAUAUUGUAUUAUUUCAAAGUAAAAUUGUCAAAUUUAUUUGUGACUGGUAAUAAAGAAUAUUUAAUUUUUGAUAUUAGGUAAAUUUUUAUGACAAUAAUGGUAAUGUGAAGCAAUUAAUGGAACUAGCUAAGUUCUUAUGUGAAUACACAAUUAAUGGAACUUACUAUAGCUCCCAAUGUGAAUGGAACUAUGUACGAAUACAAGAUGAUUCAUGGCUGCUGUACAAUAUUUAAGAAAAAAAAUAUAAAAAAAAAAAACUUAUUUAAA